AUGGCUGCGCCUCCGGGUCGGUGCUUCGUGUGCGACAACACGUCCGCUAAGGCGUGCUCGGGCUGUGGGUGGUUGUUCGUUUGCUCUCGCGCUCAUCAGGCCGUCCUCUGGCCGACACACAAGUACUUCUGCCGAACCUCCCCACCUUCACGCUCCCUUCCUGCCUUCACCCUCCCGCCCCUCAAGCCUGAAGAAGCCGAGAUCUAUCGACUGCACCCGGAUGGACAUGUGCUUCACGGCCGAGAGCCGGAACCGCCGUUCGAGAUGGUGCCGUGGUACAAGUCCUUCGUCAAGGCCGGCUGGGUCACCUAUCGCGGUCCAGAAGAUGCAAGAUGGAUCCUUGACGACCUGCAGAAGCCGGCAGGAUCCGCCGAAACGCCUGAACCAGCACGAACAUUCAUCCUGAUCGCGCUCAAAGGCCAGCACUUCGAGCAACGCAUCGAACUCGACUCCGAUGCAUGGGAUCUCUGCAGCCGCGAUCUCACCCGUAUCCUUGACCGACUUCGCCCACACUUUCGAUCCAAGGGAAUGGCCCUGCCGAACGACCUCUUGACCCGCCUCGCGCCGUUCUUCCACCAGGACCUCAUCUUCAAUACGAUUGGCAUAAACUAUCAAGGCAAAGACCGGCAGGAAUUGCUCAACUUGGCGGCGCUGCGUAUGGAGGAUUGGGUCGUCAAGGACUGCGAGGAAGAAGAGGAAGUCAAGCGCUGCCUGGCUGGCGUGGCAGCCGUUUUACUCAUAAUCGCCGCAACCGAUGGGCGCACAGUCUGCUGA